AUAUAUUAAAGCACGUUGCAAAGUAUCGUAUCGAAAUCAAUAAAUAACUUACUCAUGGAAAAUUUGGAAAGAUGAGAGCGUACGCAAGGCAUACAGAUGAAAAAAUCAACGGUGACGUCGAGUGAUAUGAUAGUUGAAAUAAACUGAACUCGUACACGAAAACGAAACAAACUUGCUUAUCUAAUGAACGUCAAACUAGCAGAAAGACGUUACUCUAGCAAGGACAAGUACAGGCAACGGUGUGGAGAACUGGGAAGCAGAAAGGGGAUAAAAUAGGCCACGCGGCCCCUAAUUUAAGUUUUUUCUUCUACUCAUCGGUUGAGGGAAAAUGGCAACGGAAAAGGAUUUAAUUAACGCUGUAAGGGAAUCACUGAUGAACCAUGGAGAACUAUCUCGUAUAAAAGCUGAAAUGCAUACAAAGAUCAUACAGAUAUUGGAUAAUUCAAAUAAUGGAAGCAAACAAAAAUUACCAAAACCAACUCAAGAUAUUGCACUUUUGAAUGAACUUAUACGGGAGUAUUUAGACUGGAUGGGAUACAAAUACAGCUCCACCGUUUUCAUGUCAGAAUGUAACUUGUCAAAGCAUCCCCUGGAUAGAUUUUUACUUGCCCAGAAUUUAGGAGUAAUAGAAAAUGAGAAUGGUACAGAAUUACCAUUGCUUUGCAAUAUUUUGGAUACAGUAAAGACUAUGAGAAGUGCGUGAAGAUUAUGAUAAAUUAUUCUCUNACAGUUAAUAUAAAUCGAGAAUAUAAAUUGAAUUUUAUAUAAAUUUGAAGACAGUUAGUUUUCUAAUUAAUUACAAUGCUGGAAACAUAAUUAAAUGUUCGUCUUUUUGUACGUGUACAAUAUUUUAUUCAACAAGAAGAAAGAUAAAUUAAAAGAAUCUCGUCUUUUUAUUUUAUGACGUCUUUUACAUAUUGACAGUACAUUACGAAAGUACAAUAUAAUGCUGAGAUAUUGGAGAUCUUAAAUAUAAUUGCUGUUACUUUCUAAAGUAUUGUACCGGAUUUCUUAGUGAUAUCAUUAUCUACUGAAUGCUAUAAUAUACAUCACUUAUUGUAAUGAAUUUACUUACAUCGUUUUAUUCUUGAAAUUGAAAUGUAGACAAUUACAUGUAAAGGCCUUAAUAACAUUUCAAAAAAAUGAAAUAUACGAAAUUAAACAUCAUA